AUGGCUCGCCCACCGCCAAGCCCCCAGCGCAUCCCGCACAGAAGGAAGAUCCCGAUCUUCCCUGAGCGAACCUGGGGCUGGAGGACCCAGACCGCCGCCACCCAGGAGCCACCCAGGGGCCGCAAGGUGCCCUGGGGGGCCCUGGUGAGGGCCUUGGGUCACUUCAGGAUGUCCCUCCCGGACAUCCGCCAUCGGGAGAGGAUGCUGAACACCCACGACCCGGUGUCCUUGGACAGGUUCCCUCGGCUGUCCGAGGACCAGGAGGAGGAGGAGCCUGAGAUAAACUGGGGGGACCACCAGCCCCUCUCCAAGGUCCCAUAUAAAAUCCUGGCUGGGCAUGAGCAUGCUGUGAGUUCCUGUCACUUCUGUAUGGAUGACACAAAGAUCGUUAGUGCCUCCUUUGACCGCACUGUUAAAUUGUGGGAUGCUUUUGAUGGAAUUGUGAUUCGAGAUUUUGAACAAAGCCCCAAAGCUCCUGUCAUAGAGUGCAGCGUCACAGCUGACAGCAAAAGGGUUGUCGCCUCAUCCUAUGACAAAUCAGUAAGGGUUUGGGACACGGAAACUGGCAAACUGCUGUGGAAGGUCAGAUACGACACCUUUGUCCUGUCCUGUAAGUUUUCACCUGAUGGUAAAUACGUGGUCUCAGCCCUAGAUUUGGAUAAUGGGAUCUGCAUCAUGGAUGCGAAAGACAUCACCACUGUGAUUCAUGUGAAACGUCACCACAGAAGGUCCAUCACAGCAUGCUGCUUUGACCCCGAGAGCCGCAGGAUAGCAUCUGUCUCCUUGGACAGAUGUAUCAAGAUCUGGGAUGUCACCACUCAGUCCACACUGUUCACCAUCAAGAAGGCACACUUAAAUGCCAUCUCAAACUGCUGCUUCACCUUCAGUGGUCAUUUCCUAUGUACCACUUCCUGGGACAAAAGCUUAAAAAUAUGGAAUGUACACACAGGGGACUUCCGGAACCGAGGAGCUUGUGUCACUCUGAUGCAGGGCCACGAAGGUUCCGUGAGCUGCUGUCACUUUGCCACAGACAACUCUUAUCUCAUUUCUGGAGGGCUGGACAACACCGUGGCUAUCUGGGAUGUGGGAGAAGGCUUCCGGAAGCUGUCCCUGAAGGGUCAUACUGAUUGGGUGAUGGAUGUUUCAGUUAGUAGUAGCAACAAAUGGAUCCUGUCAGCUUCAAAGGAUAGGACCAUGAGACUGUGGAAUAUUGAAGAUAUUGAUGAAAUUCCUAUGGUGAUAAACUCCAAAAAAGCUAUGGGCUUGAAGAUGAAACAGUGCAAACAAUGUGACAAGCCUUUCUCCAGUGAAAGUGACACCCCCUCUGAGAUUUUCACCAAGUGUAUGUUCUGCCGGAAGGAGGAAGAAGAAGAUGACCAAGCCCAGGUUUCUUUUUCACCACAAGAUAACAGCCAGGCUGACUGA